GGAUGGAUUGAAUAGAUUAAGAAUCGAUUUGUCGUUGAAAGCGAUUGAAGAACGAAGUAAGCCCAUAGGAUAAAUAUUUUCAAAAGUUUAACAAAAAAUGGUUCAAAUAGCAAAUAGCAAAAAAGAGAACAAAUCAGGGUAGAGUAGGCACAGGGAUACUUUACAACUGCUCAAAAGAUGUUGAUACUCCACCAGAAUUUCCUCACAUCACUCCCAUCGAAAAAAUAUGAACAAAAACGAUUUAAAUCAUCAAAUCCUCCCGAACACACCGAAAUGUUAUCGAAUUGAGUGCUUUCUCGAACAUCGGCGAAUUGCAUAUUUUGAAACGCUGCCAAAAUGUUUCCCAACGCAUAAGGGUGGGUUUAGACCAGUGAUAUAUUCAUGUGAAGAAAUAUGAUUAGAUUUAUAGAAAUCGCAUCAACCGUUUACACUAGCGUGAACUUCUAUAAUGAAUAUAUUCAUAUCUUAUGUGAAUUUAUUCACCUGAAGUAGAACUGCAUCCAACUUUAGUGGUUUCUCACCAGUGAGAAAUUCACAAGCGUUUACAUAUGCUGAAUUUAUUCAAGUUAUAUAUACCUCGAAUAAGUGUAUCAUAUUUAUUCUCACCCGUUUACACCUAUUUUCACGUGAAUAAAUCCAUCUAUAGCUAUAGAUCUCCCUAAUGUAAACCCGCCAUAACGUCAGGAAUGCAACAAGCAAACCAAACAACUCCAAAAAUUAUUCCGACAGGUUUCAUCCGAUUGUAUCUAUAAAAGCAAAAUAGAGCUAACGAACAAAAUUCGGUUCAACUAGAAUUACAGGGUCCAUCAGAUUAAAGGCUCAUGCAAAAAAAUGGAAUAGCUCCUUAUAAAAAAAAAUUCGCUCCGUCGAUGGUAACACUGCAUUCUCCACUUCGGUACUAUAAUAUUCUGCUAAUCGUUUAGUCUGAUCGGAUGGUUUUUAGUGUCAAGAUGUACAAUUUACAAGAACGUGUAUUUACAAGAACCGAAGCCUUAAUGAAACUUUGUCCUCUUAUGGUAAGAAUUUCAACAUUUCUCAUCGUCGAUUACUUCCUAUGGGGGUACGUGAAUGACCGUUGCUAUGUUACAAGCCACAAAAUAUGGAGAAAUUUAAAGAAGAAAUAGCUCGGAUUUUCAACAGCAUCGAAGUUUUUGUUCACCGUUUAAAACGCGCCAUCGAAAAAAGGGGUGGUCACAUCGAAAAUUAUCCUAAAAAAAGCUUAAACUGAAAGACCCUGUACAUAAUAAGGUCCAAUAUUUAAUUUUAGAAAUUUCUAAUUUCUCAUUUUUCACUGUUGUUCUAUUUUUUUUUAUGUAAUGUCAAUUUAUUGUCAAAUUAUUUACAUGUAUUCAAUUUUUUAAAUUUCACUAUUUAAUUCAUUUUGGAGAGCUGAUAAAUCUAUUGCGCCCUCAGUGUCGUUUAUAAUCCUAAUGUAAGUAACCAAUAAUUUCAAAACAUUGAUUCUCUGUGUUGUUUGCAUGUGAUCAAGAACAGGUCUCAAUAAUUCAUUAAAUAAUUCUAUUCAUGACUAUAUUUAUUGGACGAAAUCUGCACAUUUAAUAUGCAAAUACCUACGCGGGCAACCGGUAGACCGCCGACUACCGUUUGGUCAUCCCUGAUAUAUAGUAUAUAGAGUAUGGAUUAGGGUGCCAAGGAAUGUAUGGGAAAAAAUCGAGCCUAAAAUUUCAAAAAGUUACCCAAUACGAAAUGUUUGCCAACUCGAAAAAACACCUUAUGCCAAAUAUCAGCUCAAUCGGACUUAAGGGAGUGUGGCGCAAAGCGGUCAAAGUUUGAGUUUUUUGAAAAUCGAAAAAUCACCCAAGGGGGAGUAAAGGAAAUCGGGGGUUUCUAAAUUUUUUUUCAUGCCAAAUGUCUUUAAAUUGCAUGAAACGUCGAGAUCUAAUGUCAUUUUGAAUUUUUUUUUUGUCAAAAUCGACACUGAGAUUUAGUUUUUUUUUUCGGAAUACGAGACGAAACGUACGGUUUUAGGUGCCAAUAAAAAUAAUUAUCUCGAUUUUUCAUUUGGAACUUGUUGCGAAAUGUUGAUUUGCGUGAUAAUUACCCUAUGCAAAAUAUUAACUCAUUCGAACUUCAUUUAUUAGUGUGAAUUUUUGAACGGGUAGUACUCUCAGGCAAUUCAGUCAUUUUGUUGAUGAAUACAGGGUGCAGUGUACUCAGGGUGGUCGUAAAGAUUAAAAAUCUUGUAAAUACAGAGCAGAUCUCAUCCAAUUUUGACUAUAAACAUUUUUUUUUCAAAAUGACAUUUGCCUUGUCCACUGGAUCUGGAUCUGGUAAUUUCCUUCUCGGUAUAUGCACAGCAUUUUUCUCCACCCUGAGUGCAAUCAGUGGAGCCACAAUCAGCGUUAUUUCUUGUCACUAUAGCCAUAAGCUGAUAGUACUCUUUUCCCCGCCGAUGGGAGCCAAACAGAAGUACUUUUGCUUGGAAUGAAAGGCAUUGUUUGCGCAGCUAGAAGCUAGAAGAAGAAAAAAUAUACUAAAACCAUUCUUCUGCACUGUUAUGAUUCGACAGUAAAGCGCGAGCUGGCAACGAAUGCAUUUGUUACCAAAAGAUACGAUUAGUUUUAUAAACAAAUUUGUUUUUCACGAGCAGUGGCUGAACAGCAAUUUUGACAUUGCGAUCCACCUACAGUUCAACGCCUUGGUCAGAAGAUAAUAAAAAAAGUCUCUUGGCAUCCCUGGUUUGUUUGUUUAUUUUUGGUAAAAAAUGUCAAAAGGAAGAUUCAAGAAAAACAAAAAAUCGUAAACAAUUAGACAAGUUUUUGCUUUCAAUUCAUUUGAAUAUAUAACAUUCUAGAGAAGUGAGAUGGCGUUUGUUAGCGGCGACCUGGACGAUCCGACUCACAUUAAAAUGGAGCCAGAGUUAAUUAUUGAUGACCACGAGCUGUCGGAUGAUUGUAACACUUUCGAGACAGAUUCAACAGCGGACUUUGAGCCAAUUGUACAGCAUAUCAUGGGAGAAAAAGGAGAGGUUUCCCUCAUUCUAAAUGACAAUCCGACGGAUGAAGGAUUGAUGAAAUAUUCUAUACGGUUACACUCGGGCGAGCGUUGCUAUUCUUGUCUGCUUUGUUCUAAGGCGUUUAAGCGUCGUACAACGCUCAAAAGACAUAUUAAACAUACUCAUACUGGUGAACGUCCUCAUCCUUGUUCACAUUGUACGAAGGCGUUUAAGUCUCAUGCAGCACUCAAAAGACAUAUUAAACAUAUUCAUACAGGUGAACGUUCCAAUCUUUGUCCACAUUGUCCGAAAGCGUUUACGGAACAUACAGCACUCAAACAGCACAUUCUUACUCAUACGGGUGAACGUCCUUUUUCUUGUUCACAUUGUGCAAAGUCGUUUAAGCGACGUUCAACGCUCAAAAGUCAUAUACGUAUUCACACGGGUGAACGUCCCCAUUUGUGUCCACAUUGUCCGAAAGCGUUUAUGCAACUUGCAGAGCUCAAGAAGCACAUUCGAACUCAUACGGGUGAAUGUCCCUUUUCUUGUCUGCUUUGUUCUAAAACGUUUAAGCGUCGUACAACGCUCAAAAGACAUAUUAAACAUAGUCAUACAGGUGAACGUCCCCAUCUUUGUCCACAUUGUCCGAAAGCGUUUACGGAACAUACAGCACUCAAACAGCACAUUCGUACUCAUACGGGUGAACGUCCCCAUCUUUGUCCACAUUGUCCGAAAGCGUUUACGGAACAUACAGCACUCAAACAGCACAUUCGUACUCAUACGGGUGAACGUCCUUUUCCUUGUUCAUAUUGUACAAAGUCGUUUAAGCAACGUUCAACGCUCAACAAUCAUGUUCGUACUCAUACGGGUGAACGUCCCCAUCUUUGUCCACAUUGUCCGAAAGCGUUUAUGCAACUAGCAGGGCUCAAAAAGCACAUUAGAACUCAUACGGGUGAACGUCCUCAUCUUUGUCCACAUUGUCCGAAAGCGUUUAUUCAACUUGUAGUGCUCAAAAGGCACAUCCGGACUCACACGGGUUGAUUCAAAAUGUUAUAUUACAAUGAACUGUGGGGACACGAACCGAAAGGAUAAAGAAAAUCGAACGAAUUAGUCUAAUAAAUAUUAACUUUACUUUAUUA